UGUCCGCAGUGAAGACCGCCGCACCCAGGGCGCAGGGAGUGGCCGUCGCCUCUCGCGCGCACCAUGGCUGAGAUGGCGGCGGCGCCCGGGCUGUUGGAGCCCCCGAGGCAGGGCCGGCCGGCCGCAGGCUGAGCGCCCCGGGAGGACACCGGUAAGCUCGCGUAGGGGAGCGCGGGACGCAGCGCAAGGCCGGGGUGGCCUACGGCGAGCGGCGAGGGCCCGGCGGAGCGCACGGCCUGCGGAGAGGAGCGGCACCGCGAUGGCGAACGCGAGCGAGCCAGGCAGCGGCGGCGGGGAUGCGGCAGGGGCUGAGGCGGCCGCGUUGGGCCUCAAGCUGGCCACGCUCAGCCUGCUGCUGUGCGUGAGUCUGGCGGGCAACGUGCUGUUCGCGCUGCUCAUCGUGCGGGAGCGCAGCCUGCACCGCGCCCCGUACUACCUGCUGCUCGACCUGUGCCUGGCCGACGGGCUACGCGCGCUCGCCUGCCUCCCGGCAGUCAUGUUGGCAGCUCGGCGCGCGGCGGCUGCAGCGGGGACCCCGCCGGGCGCGCUGGGCUGCAAGCUGCUCGCUUUCCUGGCCGCGCUCUUCUGCUUCCACGCCGCCUUCCUGCUGCUCGGCGUGGGCGUCACCCGCUACCUGGCCAUCGCGCACCACCGCUUCUACGCCGAGCGCCUGGCCGGCUGGCCGUGCGCCGCCAUGCUGGUGUGCGCCGCCUGGGCGCUGGCACUGGCCGCGGCCUUCCCGCCGGUGCUGGACGGUGGCGGCGGCGGCGACGACGAGGACGCACCGUGCGCCCUGGAGCAGCGGCCCGACGGCGCCCCCGGCGCGCUCGGCUUCCUGCUGUUGCUGGCCGUGGUGGUGGGUGCCACGCACCUGGUCUACCUCCGCCUGCUCUUCUUCAUCCACGACCGUCGCAAGAUGCGGCCAGCGCGCCUGGUGCCCGCCGUCAGUCACGACUGGACCUUUCACGGCCCGGGGGCCACGGGCCAGGCGGCUGCCAACUGGACAGCGGGAUUUGGCCGUGGGCCCACUCCUCCCGCGCUCGUGGGCAUCCGGCCCGCGGGUCCAGGCCGUGGCGCCCGUCGGCUCCUCGUGCUGGAGGAGUUCAAGACAGAGAAGAGGUUGUGCAAGAUGUUCUAUGCUGUCACGCUGCUCUUCCUGCUCCUCUGGGGACCCUACGUCGUGGCCAGUUACCUGAGGGUCCUGGUGCGGCCCGGCGUGGUCCCUCAGGCCUACCUGACGGCCUCCGUGUGGCUGACCUUCGCGCAGGCGGGCAUCAAUCCUGUAGUGUGCUUCCUCUUCAACAGAGAGCUAAGAGACUGCUUCAGGGCCCAGUUCCCCUGCUGCCAGAGCCCCCAGACCACACAGGCCACCCUCCCCUGCGACCUGAAAGGCAUUGGUCUGUGAGGUGCACCCUGCCACCUGGGCUCUCAACAAUCUGGCCUUACCCUCUGGUUUGGAUGGUGACCUGUUACCUAAGCUCCCGACAAUCUGGCCUUACCCUCUAGUUUGGAUGGUGACCUGCCAGCCAGGCACCCAACAGUCCAGCCUUACUCUCUGGCUUGGAUGGUGACUGUGCUUAUACGCCUGUCUGGUUUCUGAUUUUUCUAUACUGCCUUCACAAGACUCUCAAAGUGGAUACACACUUGGAUUGUACAGGUUCUUGUUCCGGGGGCCGGGUCGGGGAUUCCGGUUUCCAGAUCCGUCCUGAGGAUGCUUCCUUCCUUCCAGGAAGUAGGCCCUGCAGUCUUUCUGCACUGGUACUGUCUUUUCUUCCACGUGUGAUUUCUCUACCCCCUCUCCCUCCCUCCCUCUCUCCCUCCCUCUCUCCUUCCCUCUCUCCUUUUUAAGUACAAGGCUACACUGAUUUUAUUCAUGCAAAGUUUCCUAAAGACCAUGGCCAGUUUUCUACAGAAGCUAUUUUUGACAACCUCAAGUGGCAUUAUAUUUGCAUGGCAGUGAAGGAGAGAAAACUAGGGGGUCUUUGAUUGGAGAUGGAAGAGAGGACAAAUCUGUCUCAAGUCCCUUGUGAAUUGCAGGCCACAGGGUCAGGUAUGCUGUGCCUGAUCUUUGAAAGUGUGGAGAGCUUUUUCCAGCAGUGAAGUGGAACUUAAAGACUGGAAACGAGUCAGUAGGAAGGCAGUCGCUUUUGAAAUGGUAACAAGCAAGGUUUGAAUUCCCGUUUAAACAAACAAACAAAAAAAAAACACCUCAGCAACAGCUGCUCUGUAUAUCAAUCUUGAAUGGAAACCUUUCUGUAAAACUGUGACUUUUAAAGAGUUAAAAAGUGUUUUGGAUAGUAACAUUGUGGAGAAAAACAAAAAACAGUAUUGCAUGUGUUUGUGUUGAUUGUGGUUUGAGCUGGGGCGGGCUCUGGAGGCAGAGAACUCCAUCAUGUUUGUUUGGGCACUUUGUGCCAGUAAACAGUUAAAAUACUUUUAUGGAAAUGGCUUGUGCUUUGAGAAGCCCAGUUUUACUCUGUCUUAUGAAAUUAAUUUCCGCUUUGAAGACUGUCUUUUGUCCAUGGUAUAAAGCCAGGGGAUAUAAUGGUACCUCUCCUAGGAGACAAAACAUUUCCUUACGGUGUUUGCUAGGUUAGGUUGUGCUGUGCUACUGAUGAUUGUUUCAAAUUAUUAAUAAGAACUAUAAUUUUAAAUAUCUUUUUGUUAGGCAUUUCUCAUUUGACACUGAAGGACUACAUUGCAAGUACUGUAUAAUAUUUUUUGCUUAAACGGCUACAUUUUUAUUAAUGUACC